ACGGCGCGCUGCGCGGCGGGGCGGGCGCGGCAGAGACACCAGCUGAAGGUGUUGGUUAUGGCUGCAGUGUGUCAAGCACUGCACAGGAGAGUUUCCUCCCUCGCCUGCAGGUUGCACUCCACUUAUGUGAGAAAAAUGAGAUACUUAAAUCAGUUAAAGGAAGAUGACAGCCUUUGUAGACAAGCUCAGACCUCAGGAACUUUCUACCUCUUUCACAAUCUCUCCCCCUUCCUGCAGAAAGUUGGAAAGAAAUAUUUGGUACCACAGCUCAGUGCAGCAGAGAUGAGACAGACUCUGGAGAAGCUGCAGGAGACCACGGGGUGGCUGGAGAAGUCGGUGCUGAUCGGUUGUUCGGACGAGCACAGACCACGCUUCGCGCUGGAUUUAGGAGCCUUGGAUAAAUCAGUCCUUGAGUCAGAACUGCAGGGAUCAUUUACUGACCUACGAAAGGCUCUCUUUGUAGUGGAUGAGAAGGAUUCUCCUUUGCUGGCUUCGGCCCAGUCCCUCCUGCGGUGGCACGAUUCCCACCAGUACUGCAGCAAAACUGGGCAGCCCACUGAGAAGAACCCAGCUGGCAGCAAACGUGUCUGCCAUGCCAGUGGAGUCACCUACUACCCACAGAUAUCUCCAGUGGUCAUCACGCUGGUGUCCGACGGGAGCCGGUGCCUCCUGGCCCGCCAGCCCUCGUUUCCCCCGGGGAUGUUCACAGCUCUGUCAGGCUUCUGUGACAUGGGGGAGAACGUGGAGGAGGCAGUGCGGCGAGAAGUGGCCGAAGAGGUGGGGCUGGAGGUGGAGUCGCUCCGCUACUCGGCUUCCCAGCACUGGCCCUUCCCCAGGAGCUCCUUAAUGAUAGCCUGCCAUGCCCUGGUGGGAGCCCAGCGGGCUGAGAUCAGUGUGGACACCCUGGAACUGGAGGAAGCCCGUUGGUUUGGCCUGGUGGAGAUUGUGGAGGGUCUCAAGAGGGCACCCAGCUCUUCAAAGCAAGACGACGGUAGUUUUUUACCCUGGUUCCCUCCAAAACAGGCCAUUGCUCACCAGCUGAUCUGUGAGUGGCUGCAGCAGCAGACUGCCCAGACAGCUUAGGCAGGGCUUCAUCAACUCUGUGAUUCCACUAGAACUGUCAAAGCUCCAUAGAAAAGCUUCCAAAGCCCCUGGAGGCAAGGGCUCAGUCACAGUGAGGGCAGCACCACGUUGAUGGCACUCAACACACUGACCUACAAAGGUCUCUGAACUGGUCUGACAGGCCCAUGCACAGUGGAUCACCUCUGAGAUCCCAUGGUUUGAAGUAAAUGUACAAUAAAAUUCUUUGUUCCAAAGCAUCAAAUUGUUGUGACCAGCUGUCAUUGACCCCAUGGCACCAAUGUCCCAUUUCCAUUUCUUCUGUCUUUGGUGGACAUCCAAUGCACUCUUUUUCCCAGAACAAAAAUAAAGGGAGAGUGGCA